AUGUUCAACAAUCAUUUGCACAGAUUUUUGCCGUAUCUUCUAACUUUGGUUGGGUUGUGGCCUGUGGGGAGAAUAUCGCAGAAAUGGAGGGGCAUUUACAAGAUUUAUACCGGUGUACCAUUUUGGAUGUACGCGAUUUUCACGUUUCUGCAAUUCGCUGAGUUUGCUAAAAUUAUUUCCAUCAGGGACCCACGGCAAAUCACUGAAAUAAUCAUAUUUUUGUAUGUCACGGUUUUGUAUAAAGUCAAAAUAAUAAAAUCCAAGGAUAUGAGGAAGCUGUUCAGGUAUGUUUACCUCAAAGAGAAACAGAUAGAAGAAGGUGAUUAUGGAGAGUUUAAAGAUAUCUUGCAGUCCUAUUCCGAUGAAGCCAAAUUGUACUCGGAAUACUUUAUGAGAGGAAGUCUGAUAACUUACCUGACUUUUUCUAUAACAUGCACGCUUCAGUUUCUAAUACUGUGGGAUACCACCACCCCUGAAGGUAGACUAACAAGACCUCUACCUCUUCGUCACUACGUUUUCCUAGACAAAACUAUCACGUAUAAAUACUACAUUCUCUACGUCUAUGAUUGCGUGAUUGGACUGGUCACGAGCUUUUUCUACAUCACUACCAACAGCCUCAUUAUUUUGCUGAUGUGUUUCUCCAUUGGGCAGCUCAAAAUUUUGCAGAGUUGGUUCAAGAAAUCCGACGUUUUUAAGGAAAUUUUGGCCAAAAAGUAUUGGAUUUCAAUGGAUGAAGCCUCGUAUUUGUGGGUAAAAAUGGGCAUUAUGGAAUACCAACAAGUCAUAGGGUAA